AUGGCAGAUCAGCAAUAUUCAACAGUCCAGGAAAGUGAGACUGCCCAAAAGGUUGCAGGAGAAUCGUUGAAUUGUGAGAUGUUCUUGAAUAAGGAACAAAACCAGAAACUCCAAGAGGAUGCGGCCUUGACAGAUGCCAAGACAAUGAAAGAGGAAGCGAAGACCACUCUCAUGGAGGAGCUCCACCGGUCCAAAAGCGACUCUAGCUCGUCUAGUGAUGAAGAAGAUGAAGGAAGAGAGAAGAAAAAGAAGAAGAAAGGCUUAAAGGAAAAAUUAUCAGGCGAAAAGGAAGAGGUAGACACUAAGUGCAAAGACACAUUCACUCCAGUUGAGAAAGGCAAUGAAGUAGUAAAUGCAGAGGCAACACACACACAGGAGAAAAAGGGGUUUAUUGAGAAAAUCAAAGAAAAACUUCCGGGACACCACAAGAAGGCAGAAGAUGGUUUUUCUGCUGAGUGUGCUACAAAUGAGCAUUCCCCUGAAGGUGAAGCAAUGGAGAAGAAAGGAAUCUUGGAGAAAAUCAAGGAGAAGCUACCUGGGUGCCAUAAGAAUGAAGAGGAGAAAAAGGACAAAAAGUUCGAAAAAAAAUCCCAAUCACAUUAUUAA